UAACUAUUAUAACUCUGGAAAGUCUAGUUUACCACAUAGACGUCUCAGCUAUCUUUGAACCUUGCUAAAUUCUUGGCCAGCAGGACAUCUUGACGGGAGAAGUGAGUUCCACAGGCUAGUCACACCUUGUGUGACAACAUAUUUCCCUCUUCUUAUCAGUUUCGAACUUGCCCCUUCCCAAUGCAACUGACUCUCCCCUUCUUCUGGACCCCUGAGAUACAGAGACUAGACGCUCCCGCUCUCCCUGCUCUAGACCAUUAGUUUUCAACCCGUGGUCCUGGGACCCCUGAGAGAGAUUUCCAAAGAGUCUGCACCUGGCACCUCCACUGGAAACGUGUUCGGAGUCUGCCAUUGAAGAAGGACGAACCCCGCUGCUCUAGACUGUUCCUUAUUUUAUAUACCACCAUGCGCAUCCGCUCAGUCCCGCGGAAACAACCCCCAUCUCCGGAGCCACUACGCCCCGGUCGCCUCCUCUCCCGCCUUCCCGCCUUCAGCGCCGCCCGGGCAGGGCGAGAGCAGCCGCAGCAGCCCCGCCCCUCCCCAUGAGCGGGCGGCAGCCAGGCCGCUACCGCGCGUGCUCGGCGCCUCCAGGCAUGAGGGCGCGCCCGCCUCUCCAGCCUCCCUGAGCCUGGCGGGCUGCGUCCCCAGCCGCCGCCGGUUCCGGGGCUCGCCGAGCAGGGGCUGCCGGGCACCGCACGGCGGCAGGAGCGGGGUCGGGGGCAGCCCGCGCGGGAUGGAGCCGCAGCCGCAGCCGCCGCCCCGCGCCGGGGUCCCGAGCCGGCCCUAGCCGCCCCCCCGGCUUUGCAGCAGCGGUGCCGGCUCCCCCGCCGAACCGGGAGACGCCACCUCAGGGACCGGCCCGACGCCGGGAAGGGGGUCCCGGAGACGGGCCGGCUCAGCCUGGGCUGGGGGCGCAUGGAAGAGCCCCCCUUUCCAGCCGGCUCCGCAGCUAGCCGCCCGCCGGACUGAGCCCCGGGGCACGUCCCGGAGACUCGGCCUGAGGCGCUGCCCCAGCCCUGCCUGCCCCGGGCGCAGUGACCGGGGGGCUCGGGGACGGUCGGGGGGAGUAGCGGCAUCGCUUGCAGGGGGCUGGGCGGAUUUACACCGUGCUCCGGAUUCCCUUUGGGGGAAACCUGGAUGUGAUUUGUUGUUCGUCCUACCGACCGGCGGGCGGCCGGAGAGAGACCAGCCUGCCGGGCUGAGCCGCUGGGCGCCCCCCACCCGAGGGGGUCCCUGGACAGCUGCGACUCGUGCUUGGCCGGGGGCAGAGAGCUGGGGAACCUGCCCACUCCGGAUCACUGCGGUGCCAGCGCCUCCACCUUUUCCACGGAUGGAUGGCCACCUCAGGGCCUGCAUGGUGCUGCAUUGUGAAUCUGAAUGGAGAAUGCAUUACUUCAAGGACUCCAUACUCAAAUGAACCACUAAUGAAAGAGCACUGGAGUCCUGAAAAGAAGCAGAGACUGGAACAAGUUUAAUAGCCAACUUGAAGGUCAAUUUAAAGCUUGGUGAUUACACUCAGUCAUGGUACCUACAGAUUGUCGAAUCCAUCAGUCAGCAAAACACAUCCCUAACAAAGUUACAAGGCUUUUUCUACUAGGAAACUGAGAUGCAGUGAAGCAUCAAACAAUGGAUUUGAGAGCUGACAGCAGGCCUGAGCCAAGGUGAGGUUUGCUAUCUUUCUUACAAUGGAAAGGCUAUCUAUCUAUCUAUUGGUUAUUAGCACUGCUGUGAAGGCUAUGAUGUGUCCAAAACGCUGUAUGUGUCAAAACCUGUCUCCAUCCUUCACCAUCCUCUGUACGAAGACUGGGCUUCUCUUUGUGCCCCCCAGCAUUGACAGGAGAACAGCAGAACUAAGAUUAAUGGAUAACUUCAUCACCACACUUAGAAGAAAGGAUUUUGCAAACAUGACAAACCUUAUUCACUUGACACUAUCAAGAAAUACAAUAAGUCAAAUCAUGCCUUAUGCAUUUUUUGAUCUUAAAGGCCUUCAUGCAUUACAUUUGGAUAGUAACAGACUGACUUGUAUCAAUGAGGAUCAUUUCAAAGGUUUAAUUAAUCUUCGCCACUUAAUACUCAGUAACAAUCAAUUGAACUAUAUUUCUCCUGGAUCUUUAGAUGACUUUAUUGAAACACUUGAGGACCUGGAUCUAUCAUAUAAUAAUCUUGUUAAUGUUCCUUGGGAUACAAUUGGAAAGCUUUCUAAUGUCAAUACAAUCAAUUUGGAUCACAACCUCAUUGAGUUUGUUCCAGAAGGAAUCUUCUCAAACCUUCACAAACUUGCUCGAUUAGACAUGACAUCCAACAAAUUGAAAAAAAUUCCCCCUGACCCCCUGUUCUCCAGAAUCCCUGUGUAUGCUAAAUCUAAAGGGUCUCCAUUGUCCUCUCUGGUACUUAGCUUUGGAGGGAAUCCUCUACACUGCAACUGUGAAUUAGUAUGGCUGAGACGCCUUACCAGAGAAGAUGAUCUAGAAACAUGUGCCUCACCACUGGAAUUGAUGGGCAAGUACUUUUGGUCCAUUAAAGAGGGGGAGUUUGUCUGUGAACCUCCAAUGAUAACACAUCGAACGCCAAAACUGGUGGUUAUGGAGGGACAGAAUGUCUCUUUGAAGUGUAAAGCGGUUGGUGACCCGGAUCCCUAUGUUCGCUGGAUCUCCCCCGAGGGGAAGUUAGUCUCCAAUACAUCUAGGACAAUUUCCUAUGAGAAUGGAACUUUGGAUAUUUUGACUACUACUUUGACAGAAAAAGGUACAUUUACUUGUAUAGCAUCAAAUGCUGCAGGAGAGUCUACGGCUCCUGUUGAACUUGUUGUUAAUCCUUAUCCUCAUCUUGCUAACAGUACCAACUGUGAGAAAGAUGCUGAGUCUGGGCCUUCAGACAUUCUUAUAUCUGCUAAGUCAAGUUUCCCUAAUGAAACUAAAGCUCAGCAAGAGAAGAAGGUUGUGGUUGCUGAGCUGACCUCAUCCUCUGCUCUCAUACAGUGGCCUUCCCAGCAUCAUAUUCCUGGAAUACGAAUGUACCAGAUUCAGUAUAACAGCUCUUCUGAUGAUAUACUAGUUUACAGGAUGAUCCCGGCCAUUAGCAAAUCCUUCUUCCUGACUGAUCUGGUUGCAGGACGUGAGUAUGACCUUUGUGUUCUCGCUGUUUAUGAUGAUGGAUUGACAUCUCUAACUGCAACCAAGGUGAUUGGGUGUGUGCAGUUCACUACACUGGAAGAAUAUAAGCAGUGCCGCUCUCUUCAUGCCCAGUUUCUUGGAGGAACCAUGAUCAUCAUUAUUGGUGGAAUAAUUGUGGCUUCUGUUCUUGUUUUCAUCUUCAUUCUUCUCAUGAAGUAUAAAGUCUACAACAAUCACCACAAAAAUAAAAAUACUAAAGUUAAUAAUGUCUGCUCUCAGACCAAUGGUAGUCAGAGUGGGUCAAUGGCUCAUUCUGCUUCCAAACUCACAGAGAGACGGGAAAGUUUGCAUCAGGAAUGCUCAGGAACUUCCAUCAAAGGCAAAACUGUUGUAGAUUUGGAUUGUGAAAGAGUGACUCUUACUGACACAACCUUUUUAACAAGUGAAGCGUUAUCUCAAUAACAAUGUGACAAAGCAGGUCACACCACAUGAGCCAAGGUGGUAUCGCUUAAAAUGUUUUAAUGCGAGUGGUUGUAUUUUAAGCUUCACUACUAUUGUCUAUUUUUAAGAUCAGAUGGUUUAAAAAAUAUUUUUUUAAUCUGUAAAACAGUUCCUGCAUUCUUAACUAUUUUUGUUUCAAUAUAUUAAAUAUAAAGUGUGUGAUUUACAAGAUUUUUUUUUACUGUUUCUUUUAUAGCUACACCUGUGAUAUUGAAUCAGAAGCAUAACUAUAUUAUGAUUAGUUUCAGAGUAGCAGCCGUGUUAGUCUGUAUUCGCAAAAAGAAAAGGAGGACUUGUGGCACAUUAGUCUCUAAGGUGCCACAAAUACUCCUUUUCUUUUUAUAUUAUGAUUAGGUUUCUUUAGUAAAAAUGCACUAUUAAUUCAUUCAGUUACUAACUGGCAGCAAGACCAACUCUCAGGAACCUCAAACUUCUCUGAUAGUAGAGUCAUUUACCAGUUCAACUACCGAGCUGUUAAUGAGCAAUGAAAUGUUAUAAAGAGUUCUCAGCUUGUUAAUCCUGAGACGUUCAUCAGUCUAUGUGCAUUGUAUACAUGUCAUCCACAAAAGAAAAAGCUAAAGGUUCCUCCGUGGCCUAAGCUUUGAGCAGGGGGUUGGACUAGAUGAUCUCCUGAGGUCCCUUCCAACUCUGAUAUUCUAUGAUUCUAUGGACAAAAUACUACUCCAAAUAAGGAAAAGGAAAUUGAAGGAUUUUGACAUCAUCUCACACUAUUCAUUGGUACGGAAUUGCUGUCAUGUAUUGUUUGCUUUGUAAAGGCUGGUAUUAUUCAAGACUGUGCCUUGAAGACCCUUCUCUUUCUUUUCAGUUAGAUUUACCUCACCUUAGACAGGGAGGAGCUCACACUUUUGUCCUUCCUAAUUUAAGUUUUCAGAAAGCUACUUACAUUAGAAAUGGUGUGUUGUGCAUGUGCACAUCUUUUGCUACACUGGAAACUGUGUCCUAGUCUCCCACUCUCAAAUUGUGUCAAGUGUCAACCAAGUUAAUCUCCCUCUUUUUGAUAUGUUUUUAGAGGGAGGACCCACAAGUUAAAGCUCCACUGCAUCUUCAGAUAACAUUGAUAACCAAUCUCUUAUUUCUGUAGUACUGCAUGAAGCGUAAUGUAAUUGGCCAAAGGAUUAACUAUGUAAAUGUUUAUGUGAAAUUCAUUUUAACAAUUCAUAUUUAAUAAUUAAAUCUUUUUGUUUAAAGGGGUACUGUCAGGUCAAAAUGAGUCCCCAAAUUAGGUUUUUGUAAUGACUUCCUACAAAACCUAAGAGCAAUCCAUGAGUUUAAAUAAAUGGUUGAAUUAAACACAGCAUUCCUCUGCAUUGUUCUAGCAUGUGAAUUUCAAGGCAAAAUUACUGGAAAAAAAGAAACCCUAUAUAAAUAAAACUGACUAGUCUCUUUUUUGUUGUCCGAAAUGAUGUGAAGGUAAGGAACAACAAGAAGGAAGGAAAUGACUUGAAAAGUAAUUGGUUCAUUUCCAAAACAAAACAGUUUAAAUCUUUAAGAGGAUUGCGUGAUAAUGUAAAAAUAAAAGGAAAUCCUUAUUCUAACAGUUUCUCUUUAAACAACCAGCAAUAUUUCUCUGGUUGAAUCUGAAAACAUGGGACAGGCAAAGAUAUACAUUGGACAGUUAAAAGCUGUAUUAUUAUUGCACAACAUUAAAGUAAUAUAU